AUGGGGAGUGGAGUGGUAGUGAUGGUGUCUUUGAGUGGGGAGAAUCUCGGGCAGAGGGGAUCCUUCCUAUCUCACCGCCUUUUGCCAACUUCUUCCCUUCACCGCUACUUCAUCGGGCUUGAAUUGUGGGCCCUCACAUUCAAUCUCCCUGGCGAGAGGUUAGGAAGCGAGAGGAAGAGUGAAAGUCCCCCCUAUGUUGUAAGUUCAAAGAAUGGCUUGAGUGAAAGCAGGAGUGGAAAAAGACAGAUUGAAAGCAAAGGCAAGGGAGCUGAGAAAGGUUUUGGAACAUGGAAGCAUAACAGCUUGAAUUCCCUUCUAUCAAGCGAUGGAAGAGCCUCUAGCGGCGGACAAGAGCUCUUUCCGUUAGAGAAACUUGGGCUUAAAAUCGCCUGA